AUGCGAGGUCGCGCGGCGCUGGCCUGGAAAGAGAGCGGCGAGGGCCCGCAGCGCGCGCAGGAAACCGCGCUCGCUCGCCCAGGAAGACCCGGAGCCCGGGAGCGCGCCCGCCGCAGCCCCGCCCUCGGCCGAGAGCUCCGCCCUUUCGAGCGCAGCCCCGCCCCGCGGACCGAACGCCCCGCCCCGCGCACGCGCGAGUUCGCCCGCCGCCAGGCUCUUCCCGCUCGCCGUAGCUUCCGGGCCCGCCCACCCCCGAGCUUCGUUUCCGGCUCGGAGCCUGACGGCCGCGGCGCGCCUGGGCUCGGGCUCUCCGGCCGCUUCCGUCGCCCGCGUUCCUCCCGCGUCUCCCUGACCGGGGCGCGGGGUCUCCGGCCGCGAGCGUCCGCGCGUCAUGGCCGGGGCCCGGCGCGUCCGGCCGGGGCCGAGGCCGCCCUCCGCCGCCCGCGCACUCCCGUGGCCCCUGGGCCCGCCGGCGCCGGCCCGGGCCUGAGCGCCGCCCGUCGCGCCCAUGGCGGCGGCGAGGCGCCGUCGCCAUCGCCGCCGCCCGCCCGCCUCGCCGAGCCGGAGCCCGAGCCCGAGGCCUCGCCCGAGCCCGAGCUGGCGCAGCUGCGGCGGAAGGUGGAGAAGCUGGAGCGCGAGCUGCGGAGCUGCCGGCGGCAGGUGCGGGAGGUGGAGCGGCUGCUGCACCACACGGAGCGGCUGUACCAGAGCGCCGAGACCAGCAACCAGGAGCUCCGCACGCAGGUGGAGGAGCUCAGGAAGGUGCUGCACUGCGCGAGGAGCAGAGCCAGCGGGAAGGCUGACGUGGAGGUGCAGACCGAGGACGGCGCUCCCUGGGCGCGCUCAGAUUAUUAUUACCAGACAUAUUAUAACGAUGACAGUCUUCCCAGUCAAGUCACGGAACUCGCGGCUCAGCAGUGCCAGCGUGCUGAAGCUCCAGCUCUGACUUCCGCAGACCAGUCACAGCCAGAGCGUGCUGCUUACGCCGACCCCGCUGAGUGCGCCCCUGGGCACCACCUCGCCCCGGAUGCGGAGGGGCCGGCGUCUGCGUCAGCAGCUGAAGGGGCGCCCUCGGGAGGUUCGUCGCUGGCCGAGAGUCUGAGAGCCGCCGCGGAGGCUGCCGUGUCGCAGACGGGCUUCAGCUACGACGAGAGCACUGGGCUCUACUUUGACCACAGCACUGGUUUCUAUUACGACUCCGAAAACCAGCUAUACUACGACCCCUCCACUGGCAUCUAUUACUACUGCGACGUGGACAGCGGGCGCUAUCAGUUUCAUUCUCGAGUGGAUCUGCAGCCUUACCAGACUCCUGCCACAAGACAGAGUAAGGAUAAAAAAUUAAAGAAGAAAAGAAAGGAUCCAGAUAGCUCUACAACAACUGAAGAAAAGGACGCGAGUUCAGCAGACCAGAAGGCUGCCAGCGUGGAAUGCGCAAGCCGCGGCGAGGGGGAGAGUUGUGCAGAUGGGAGGAAGAAGGCCAGAACGGACGUUGACCACAGACACAGUCCUCCCCGAGGUGGCGCAGAGUCCCCUCCCUGUGACGGCGCCACGAAUGCCGCAGCAGAGGACGCCGGGAAAGGCCCAGAGACCGACAGUGAGCCGGAGGAAGGUGAAAUUACAGACUCGCACACCGAGGGCACUAGUGAGGAGGACGGCGGCGGUGUGGACACCGAGGAGGAGGAUGAGGAGAAGAUCUGGCCCCCGUGUAUUAGAGUGAUCGUUGUCCGGUCCCCGGUGCUGCAGACAGGGUCGCUGUUCAUCAUUACCGCUGUGACCCCUGCGACGAUCGGAAGAGAGAAGGACAUGGAACACACCUUGCGCAUCCCUGAAGUCGGUGUCAGUAAGUUUCAUGCGGAAGUGCAUUUUGACCACGACUUACAAAGCUACGUCCUGGUGGAUCAAGGCAGUCAGAACGGCACGACUGUCAACGGGAAGCAGAUUCUCCAGCCAAAAGCCAGGUGUGCCCCUCACGUGCUGGAGCACGGGGACGAGGUGAGAAUCGGGGAGACCGUGCUGUCCUUCCACAUCCACCCCGGCAGCGAGACGUGCGAUGGCUGCGAGCCGGGGCAGGUGAGGGCGCACCUGCGCCUCGAUCAGAAGCACGAAGCUCUCGGUACUGGUCCAGCACUAAGUAAAGGAAAAGAGUUGGAAAGGAGAAAAGAAUUAAAGAAAAUACGAGUGAAAUAUGGUUUACAGUUAUGGAAUACAGAUUAUGAAGAUGAAACCUUGAAGAAUCCAAAAUACAAAGAUCGAGCUGGGAAGCGCCAGAGAGCAGGUGGGAGUGAAGGGCCCUUCCUGAGGAUGAUGCUCCGCGUCUCAGUGGAGUCUGAAAUCACAGAGAGCAACAAAGGCCGGAAGAUGUUGGAGAAGAUGGGCUGGAAGAGAGGCGAGGGUCUGGGAAAGGACGGCGGCGGCGUGCGCGCUCCGAUCCAGCUGCAGCUUCGGCAGGCGCACGCGGGCUUGGGGACCGGCAAGCCGUCCUCCAUUGAAGAGGUUCCCCUCCUCCAGAACAAGAGCAGAAAGAACUGGGACAAAGCACGAGAGAGGUUUGCCGAGAACUUCCCGGAAGCCAGGCCGCCCCGAGAUGCGCCGGGCAGCGCGCCUUGGGUGAAAGGGGCUGCAGAGUGAAGCCAGUCGCAACGCAGCCGGGAGCUUGGAAGUCUCCGCGCACGCGAAACUGCGUCUCGACAGGUCAGCGGCACAGGGACCCGUGUCACAGCUGCCGCCCACGUGUAGGCCUGUAAUAAAGCAGUUACAGGGACUGGAUCAGGGCGUGUGCUGAGCGGACUAAAGUUCACGGGCAGAGUGGCCGCAGGCUGUGUUACUUGGUCUGGUCGGCACAACACCAGUGCGCGGCUUCAUGAGCUGCAUCUUGUCCUUGUCCCGGCGAUGCACAGCAGCAGGGGACAAAUCCAGGGUUCACUGGAGCAGUGUUGGCCUCCACGCAUCCCUGUUCACGCACUUAGAGGACGUUGAGAAGAUGUGGGCGAUGGUGCGAUUUGGGGGGAGCAGCCCAGAGCUCGUGCACAGCUGACGCUGGUGGGAGAUCCCACGGCCACUCAUUUCUUCUGUGAAGAAUCUGGAUGUGUGUUCUGUGUUCCGCACUCACGCUUGUUAGUUCCGUAGCAGCUGAGGUUCCAGGUGAGAACAGUGGAAGCAGCGCGGCGUGCUGGCUGUUGGGGUUGUGUUCAGUACCAUUGCGGGCAGUGGAGUUUGCUAGGGAUACCAGGUCUGCAGUGCCAGGGUUUCCUAGCCUCAGCCUCACAAUAGUGAUGGAGUGUUGACAAAUGCAAUAAAAAAUGACAACGUUGA